UCUGAAGUCUUAAAGAGGAGGAUUUCCCCCCCCCUUUGUCGUAGAGUCGUUCAACUCCUACUGACCUCUGUGGUGUAUACGGUAUACUUCAUUCUGUACUUCCAAAUCGCAGGGUCCCUCCUCUGCGCUUCCAAUAAUUGUCCCCGCGGUGUCAACUCCCCACUUUUUCCCCGCCUUCACAUCGCCUCGAAGUCCAAUCCGCGACCUGCUGUCCAACGGGCGACACCUGGUUUACUUGACGAACACUCGGACCUGUGAAAUUACACAACAGCUUGCCGAUUGGCGACUUGGCAUUUGGCAACACUUUGCGACGAAUUGCGCAAAGGGACCGUUGUAUAAAUACCGUCGAUUCUCCUGCGUGGAAUUACCCCGGAUUUCCGUGAUUCAUAUACUCGGUAGCUCGCUUUUCGACAUAAAACGCGAAAGACAUUAGAAACAGCAAGAAUAUUCGGACAAGACUGUUAAUAAAGUCCACUUGUUGAUCAAUAAUAAUGCAGACCAAGCACUUCUUCUCCGACCCGAACCAUCUGGUUCUCACCGCACUCAACUCCCUCACCCUAACAAACCCUUCCCUCGCCUUCGAUGCUCAGAACAAAAUUAUCUUCCGCCGCCCAGAUGCUUCCCGCAAGCCUGGCAAGGUCUCUAUCAUAACCGGGGGUGGUUCGGGUCACGAGCCUGCAUUUGCGGGCUUCGUCGGCAAAGGUUUCUGUGACGCCUCCGUGGCUGGAAGCAUUUUCGCAUCGCCCUCGGCAGAACAGAUUCGCAGAGCUGCAAUUGAUCGGGUCCCCACGGACGCUGGCGUCCUUAUCCUUCCUAACAACUAUACCGGUGAUGUCUUGAACUUUGGUAUGGCUGCGGAGAAGUGCCGCGCUGCUGGUAUUCGCACUGAGUUCUUUGCGAUUAAUGAUGAUGUGGGUGUUGGUCGGGAGAAGGGUGGUAAGGUUGGUCGUCGUGGUAUCGCUGGUGGUGUGCUUAUUCUGAAGAUUACUGGUGCUCUGGCCGAGGCUGGUGGUUCCUUGGAGGAGGUUUACAAGCUCGCGCAAUUUGCCAAUGAUAACUUGGUCUCUAUUGGUUCUUCACUCGAGCACGUUCACGUCCCUGGUCGUGGCGUGCCGGAAGACUUUAUCCCUAAUGGCGAAGUUGAGAUCGGCAUGGGUAUUCACAACGAGCCUGGAUCUCACCGCGUCAAGGCUGACUUGAACGAGACGGUCUCGACUAUGCUCAAGCAGCUGCUCGAUCCGAAUGAUACUGACCGCGCCUUCGUGAAGCACACCUCCGAGGAUGAUUUUGUUCUGCUGGUCAACAAUUUAGGUGGUGUUAGCCCUAUCGAGCUGGCCGGUAUCACCGAUGAGGUACAUCGUCAGCUCGUGCGCGAUCACAAGGUCAAGCCUGUCCGGGUCAUCCAGGGCACUUUCCUGACCAGCUUGAACGGCAUGGGCUUCAGCAUCUCGCUGCUGAAGCUGGCCGACAACGGCCUGGGCAAGGGCAAAUCGAUGCUUGACCUGAUCGAUGCCCCUGCCGAGGCCGUGGGCUGGUCAGCUCCCAUCGCCCCCUCUACAUGGAACGAGCGCAUUGACACGCCCGUUGAGCUCAAGGCUUCUAAUGUCAUUGAGGACACCCCCAGCAACCUGAAGCUCGACCCAUUAAUCAUCAAGAAAGCGCUCAGCGCCGGUCUCAAGCGCGUCAUUGCUGCCGAGCCCGAAGUCACCCGCUACGACACCAUCGUCGGUGACGGCGACUGCGGCAUCGGUCUUAAGCGCGGCGCCGAAGCGAUCCAAAAACUCCUCGAUAGCUCUUCCCCAGCUCUGAGCGACGACGCCGUUAACACCGUCCUACGCAUCGUCGACGUCGUCGAAAACGUAAUGGACGGCACAUCAGGCGCCAUCUACGCCAUCUUCCUAAACGCCCUAGCCCACGGCCUACGCGACCAAGACACUGGCUCUAAUCUGCCCGUCACAACCGAAGUCUGGGCUAAAGCAUUGAAACACUCCGUCAACGCGUUGACCAAGUACACGCCCGCGAAGCCGGGUGACCGUACGCUGAUCGAUGCGCUAGUUCCGUUCUGCGAUACCCUUCUCGAGACGCAGGAUGUGCGUGUUGCGGCCGCUGCUGCGCAGCAGGGGACCGAGUCGACUAAGAGUAUGAAGGCUAGUCUUGGUCGAUCGGUUUAUGUUGGUGGUCAGUCCGAGUGGAUUGGAAAGGUACCUGAUCCUGGUGCUUAUGGGCUUAGUGAGUUCUUGACUGGCCUGGCGGAGGCGGUUUAGAUUUUGAUACUGUAUAUGCCGUUGAUUGACAUGAGAUCUCAGACUGCCUAGUGAUGGGUAGUCAAGAGAAGGCGCCCCAUUCCAUGUCCUGAUUUUCGAUGUAAAAGGCGUUUCAUUUGGCCCGGUGACCAUCUUUUGGGGAUUGCCUCGCGGUCUUGUUCUAAUAUUAUCUCAUAAUGAUGACGAUGGAUCUUGAGUUGGUCCCACCGUACAAUAUCCAUA